CCGCUCCGCCACCCCACUGCGCGCACAUUCCCCCGCAAUCGCGGCCGCUAUCCACAUCAUGCCUUCCUACACCAUCCCACCUCACAAACGGCAGCGUCGAACCGCUACUUCUGUCUUCGCUGGGGAUUUCGACGCCCGGCCUCGUCGUGACGUCCUGACAAGCGUUCUCAACGGUGUCCCCAUCUAUCGCGCGGUCGAGAAGACUGAGGAAGAGAAGCGGGAGAGGCGGCGAGAGAGGAAGGAGAGGGAGCGCGAACGCGAGAGGGAGAGGGAACGAGAGAGGAAGAAGGCACAGGCCGUCGCGCAGUCCAAGCCGAAGCCCGUGCCCAGCGUCACCAAGCGCACUGCGACCCCUGAAGCCGCGUCCCAGCGCAAGUCCUCUACUAUCUGGCCUGCCAUUGCCCAACAGUCUCUCGCUACCAGUCCUUCGUCCUUCUGGGGCGCACGCCCUGCUAUCCGGCUGCCUGAACCUCAACGGUCUGUCUCUAUUACUCCUCCACCGAUGCAUCUCUCUUCUCCACCCACCACCCCUGGUCCAUCCAUCUCCUCGAGCACCUCCCGCACCUCGUCCAAGAGACCACAUACCCCAGACGACGAGUGGGACGAUGACCGCUCGUAUGAUGCCCACACACCUACUGCCUCAGCCUCUGCCCGUGACCGACCGAGGAAGAAGCGCGUCGCGGCCAAGAAGGGCUGGAAGGGCUGGGUCGAGGGCUCUCCUCCGCCUUCCGACAAGUUGAUCAACCUAGACGACGUUCCUCUCCUACGUGAAAGAAGGACGAGGAGUGGAAAGAGCUUUGACGCUAUCGGUGUCGGUCAGGACCAGUGGAUCUAGGAAACCUUGACGAACACCGAGGGUGCACCACGCUCCCUCGACGCUCUCAUCUCUGCCGAGCGUUGCUUCACACUAUCUUGCUCGACUGUAUGCAAUUCUCUUCUGUCGUGUUCUCGAUUUCUUGCGUUUAGGGUAAUGGGGCUAUAUGUCAGACACCGUUGUUCUUCUCCUUUUCUCCGCAACAUUUAUUGGUUCUCGCUAUUCUAUCUCGCCUUGCUUUUUCUAUCUCCUCCCGUGUACUUUCACCUUGCUUUCUUGAUUCGCGAUUCACCCAACCCUUUACCAUCCUUUACACCUCGCCUCGAGCACCCGUUUCGAUGCGGACCCAAAAAUCCCUGAUUCACACUCGAUCCUUCUCUUGUCCUCUAUCCCGUCCAGUUUUAUCUACUCAUGCUUGCCUCUAUAUCUCUUGCUUUGCUAACCGUCUACUAAAGAGCCUGAAGUUUCCAGUGGCUAUAUCCCAACCUCCACCUAUCCCCGAGUCCUAUCCCUAUCCCUAUCCCUACGAGUAGAGUUACUACAAUAUGAUUUUUCAGAUACUUACAUGCAUAACGCUAUCAGAUGGAGAUAGUUGAAUACCGUAUACGUUGAAUCGAACAUGUCAAAAUUGCCGCUGACACCUUCCC